CUUCGGGGCAUGGGGACCUAUGAACAAUAAGAAUCAAGGACCCAGAGGCCUGUCUGACCCUUCCUUCAUUUGCCACUUCCACAUGUGUACAUUCAGUCACCUAGCAGAUGUGGCUUUGCCCCCUUUCUGGACCAGGGCCCAUGCUGGGCACUUUAGGAUAAACCAGCACUACCCAAGAAUUGAAAUUCUGUGGCUACCCAGGCUGCCUUCUAGAGUGGAAGUGCCAGGACAGACCUGAAGUUUUAGUUUCAACUCUUCUCCAUCUCUAAGCAUCAGGGGCCUCAUGUGACAAACAGGCUGAAUCCAAGAUAAUCUCCAAGAACUUCCUGGCUCAUGGAGCCCUUUUCUUGUCACAAGCCCUUUUCAGGCUUGUCACAAACUAGACAGCCUCCUACUGGUGGGGUGAGCUCUAAAUGAGAAAAACUCUCUUUUCUUUCAGCAUAUUCUGUGUACUAGGCUAAAGAUGUUAUUGCUAACCAUCAUAACAGCAGGCAGAGUAGAAACUCUUUUUACAGAAGAAACUAAGGUUCAGAGAGGUUAUAAAUGUCGUGCCUAUGGCAUGGAGCCACUGUGCGGAGGAACCAUGUUUGGGCCACAGAUACGUUUGAUUCUGGAGUCUCAGUUCUCCCUCUCUGUACCACUCCUUAACCUCAAGCAGAGAAGAGAGACUUACGAACAUAGGAAGGGUUGACCUCCUUUAGGGGCCCUGUGGAACUGGGCAUGAGGCUUCUCUUCUAUAUUAGCCAACACGUGUCCAGAGGGAGUCCAGCCUGCCUUUCCACUUAGCCCCCUAUAGCCCGGGGACAACAGGAAUGUGUUUUGCUUCCCAUGUUGCAAGUGUACUCAAAAGGCAGGAAGGGACUUCUGGACCAAAUAGCACACCAGGUGCCAAGCCAGGAAGACCCAGAUCCAGAUAUACUCACAGCUGCCCAUCACCUUCCCAACCUGGCCCAGCAUCCUUGUCCCUGCCCCAGUUUUACUGCUAUCUUCCUAGCUCCCCAGGUCUACCCUGUCCCCCGACCAGCCGCUGAGGAAUGGAGGCCGGUGCUUCCAAGGUUACAUAUUCAGUUACUCAUACCUGUGCUCUGAGACCUCCCACCUCGUUCCAUUCUCUUGAUGGGAUUCAAGUACACAGCUAUGGACCAGGCCCAGUCCUGGUCUCUAGGAGCUCCCUGCAUAGUAGAUGGUUAGAAAGGAGACAUAAUAAUAGUUGAUAUUUUUUACUUUAUGUGCCAAACACUGUUCUAAAACAUUUACUUAUAUCAAUUCAUCUAGUCCUCCCACCAUCCCUGUGAAGGUGGUUAUUAUUAUUGCCUCUGUAAUUACUGAAGUAAAGUGAGAGAAGUGAUUGGCCUAUGGGCAUGCAGCUGGCAAGAGGGAGUCCAGGAUGGGAGCCCAGGUAGUCCAGUUGAGAGCCUGCAGCUUCAGUAAUAACUACCAUUCAGUCAGGGUCAGAAGAGAGAGGUAGAUCUGCAGGGAAGCCUUCACGGGAAGGGAGGGCCCAGCUCAGAGAGCAUGGGCACUGCAGCUUCUGACAUCUCUGUAGAGUUACCUCUGAUGGCCUUCUUGGCCCAGAAGAGGGGAGGCAGCUACUGACUGAGAUGCAACAAGUGCUGCCUCCAGGUUGUUACCACCUCCAUAUGUAAGCCCUGUACCCCUCCCCUGCUGUUUCUCCACUGACUACUUUCUGGGAGUUGAUAAUAAUUCCUUCCUGUGGCCUCUGGCAGCCUACUACCAUCUCUGAAGUUUAUGCCCUUGGCUCCAUUGACCAAAGCUGCCAUUCAAGAUUACUUAGAUUUAUGCUUAUAGGCGUCUUGUGGACAAGGAUCUUGUCUUACUCACUCCAGCCACUCCCAGAGCCCACAGAGUCAAGGGAAAUGCUCUGCUGAGUAACUUAAUUCAACAGUAAUUCAGCAUACCUUCCAGGAUAACUAAGGAGGUUCUAGGUGAACAGUGGAGAAGGGCUGACAGCGGACACCUAUUAAGCAGAAGCACAGGGGCAUGAGGCAUCCUGGUCUGUCCAGGAAACUCUAGCUGCUCAGCACCACUAGACUGCAAAAUGAAAGUGAGAGCAGAACAGUAGAGGUGAGUGGGUAACGUUGGCAGGGACCAAUUAUGGUCCCAGGCGAAGGAAUGUGGAUUUUAGAUUGAAAGGAGCCUUUAAGGUAGUCUGCCCACCUCUCUUUCUGCCUCCGCAGCCACCAUGGUGCCCGUGAAAAAGCUGGUGGCGAAGGGGGGCAAAAAAAAGAAGCAAGUUCUGAAGUUUACCCUUGAUUGCACCCACCCUGUAGAAGAUGGAAUCAUGGAUGCGGCCAAUUUUGAGAAGUUUCUUCAGGAGAGAAUCAAAGUGAAUGGAAAAGCUGGAAAUCUCGGUGGAGGGGUGGUAACCAUUGAAAGGAGCAAAAGCAAGAUUACUGUAACUUCCGAGGUGCCUUUUUCCAAAAGGUAUUUGAAAUAUCUGACCAAAAAGUGCUUGAAGAAGAAUAACCUCCGUGACUGGCUGCAUGUGGUGGCCAACAGCAAGGAGAGCUACGAGCUAUGCUACUUCCAGAUCAACCAGGACGAGGAGGAGGAGGACGACGAGGAUUAGAAGUCCUGUGUUUGGGAUAUUUAGUAUAAUUUUUAAAUAAAAUCUAGGAAUCACAAAAAAAAAAAAAAAAGGAGCCUUUAAAAGCUUUAAGUAAGAACACAUUCUCACUUUAUAAAGAUCCUAUUGGUAACUGUGAUAGAAUGGACCGGAAAGAAGAGGAGGAGCAGCGAGGAGGCUGGUGAAGCAUCCAGGCUAGAUGUGGGGAUGCCUGCUCUGAAGCAGGGAAGUGGGCUGGCCAGAACUCCCAGAAGGCCGACUGUGCAGGACUCAGGGAUUGAAUGUGAGGGGAGACAGAGGAGCCAGGGGUGGUCAACUCCAGGACUCUGGCCUGGGUGGCUGGACAGCUACUGCUGCCUUCAGCUGAGGCAGGGAACCCGUGAGGACAAGCAGCAGAUAGGCGAGGAAGAUGAGGAGUUGAGGUUUGAAAUUGCUAAAAAUGAGAUACUUGAGGGACGACCAGGUGGAGGUGCCCAAGAGGCCGGUCAUCAGUUGGAGAAGUCUAGAGCAUAGGACAGAUCUGGACUGGAAGCAGAGAUUGAGGAAUGUCAGCACAGGUAGAGUAAGAGAAGCCCCAGGAAAGGAUGAGCUCUCUCAGCUAGGGGGUAUAUGGUAUGCAUAGAAGGGAGGGCUAAUAACAGAGUCUGUGACCUAUCAGGAAAGUCAGAGAGGGAAUGUGGUUCAGUGUAGGGUGGAUGGGACACACAAUACAUGGUCUGCCUCGGUGUUCAUGAAAGAGUUGGGAAGACUAAUAGCAAAAAGCAUUUCACCCCACCUUCAUACGUGCUGUACUAGGAUAAGUGGCAAGUGCUGGGAGUUGUAAGGGCUCCUGCUCCAGUCUGGGGGCGUGAAGGAAGCCCCUCAUUCCCGCCCAGCUCAGUUCUCCCAAGUCUGGUCAGGAGCCCUGAUGCUCUCAGCAAAACACCAAGUGGAACUAAUGACCCCAGAGCCUGCCAUGCAGGGCAGAAGUCUCAGGAGGACACUGCCCCUGCAGAGCCUGCUUCUGCUCCUCCCUCAAGGACAGAAACAGUGGGAAAACAGCCCCUAUAACCCUGGGGUAGCAUUCACACCCAGUCAUUGCUGGGAUGGGACAGUGACAGCUCCCUUUUUAGAGAGGACUCUUUGGCAGUCCUUAUUGCCAAAGUCUCUGAGGAGGAGGAAGAGACACAUACACUGUGAAAAUCACCCUUUGGGUCUUCAUACACCAUGUCUGCUACCCUGACCCACCUAAGACCCAUCCCCGUCCCAGUUUAGGAAAAAAAAAAAAAAGCAGGACUUUGAUCCUAGGAUGAAAUUGCCACUGGUUACUGUUCUGGUCAGUAUAGCAGUGUGUGUACUCCAUCCUCGGGGAUGAGCUCUGCCAAGUGCCUUAUGCAUACAUUUGGACACAUCACACAGACACACAAACACACAUGCACACACACAUACCGUGACCAGGUCCCUAGAACUAGAAUUGCCCUUGGUGGAUCUGUUGCUCUGUUACUCAUGAUCAGGGAAGCCAGUGGCAACAGCUCAAGAACAUCCACUUGCACUCUCUCUCAAAUUGAACAAAUAAAUCUAAGAAGCCUAUGCCAAGGGCCAGUGUAAAGCAAGGCUAAAAAGCAGGUACCAUGCCCAGCGUGGAUUAGGUACUGAGUUAAUGCACAUCCUUCCUUUUUUGCUUCUGAAGGCCAGGGCUGGUCUGCCACUGCUUUGGCUUUAGAAGCAAGGACUGAGCCUGAGUGAGGUCCAUACCACCAGGGAAAGGGAAAUGCUUGGAGGACUACCUACCACCUGAGGCCAGGGCAGGCAAGAGCCGACAGGUUGGGGUCAGUGACGUGUCGCCAGGGCCGUGUUCUCUGGCCUGUCAGGUCCUGUGCUUGGUGGGAGAGUGCAGUGGGGUACAGAGAACACAAAGCAUAGCACCUAUGGUGCAAGAAGUGCCCUGCCGGUGUCCACUGUUAUUCCCCCAGAGGUUCCACUCACCGAGGCCCUGACUGCUACUUGCAUCAUAAAUAACUGUAAAGUACUGUGGUACAGUGAUACAGCAUUAUUUGCUGAGUUGGUGGGAGCUUCUUGCCCUUGAACUCUGUGGCCCCAGAUAGCUAUACUUCUGUCAUUCUGUCUCUUCUCUUUCCUCAGUGCAUCUGUCUCUAGUACAGAUGGUUUCUUUCAUCUGUGUCCUUUCUAGAAAGAGCUAAAGAUUCCAAGGCCUCAUCCCACAUUGGUUAAAGGAGGAGCCUUAUUUUCUGUCCCUCUCUGCCAGGCCAAAGGAUGGCUUUAAG